UCGUUUCCACCCAGGGCCCCUGCACGGGAACUGGGCCGUGUCCUCACACCUGGGCCCGUCCCCUCAGCCCUGCUGACCUUCCCGCCCCCACCUGCCGGGGCUGCCCCUCUCUGCGUGGCUUGUCGGGUCUCUGGCUCCCGUGGCGCUGAUCUGGGUGACAUUUGCCCAGUGACCCACAGAGACCAGAGCGCCGGGCUGCGGCUGGCGCCCAGGCCGGGUGUUAAGUAAAUGGUUGCCCGAGUCUGCUUCCAGCUGCUUGGCAGGCGCCCCCCUGCUGAGCGGGUCUGCGGCUAGGUGGCGCCUGGGGGCCAUCCGGGCUCUGUGGCUGCUGUGGUGUAGUGGCCGCAGGUGUCCCUGCACCAAGGGAGUCCCUUUAGCUCCCUGAGUCUGUCUUCAACUCCUGAACACCGCUUUGCCCUGGGGCACACUUGGUGUGGCUGACACUUCCAGAAAGAACGGGGGCCUAGAUCCAGGGGGCAGCCUGAGCCCCGCCUCACGGCACAGCUCCCUCGGGGAGAGCAGGAGCCAGGAAGCCGUGGGGAGGCUCAGGCGCAGGCUUGGGACCUGUCCCUGGGCCGUGUGCCCUGCGCCUUUGGUGGCGUUUCUGGCUUAGGACCAGCCUUGUCCCCAGAGGACUUCAAAGUAGCUUCCUAAAUGCUUCACACAGCGAGUCGGAUGGGGGACUGGGCCAGGGUGAGAUGAAGGUGGGGGCCUGGGUGUGGAGGCCCCCACCCUCAGGACAGGCGGCCUGGUGUCGGGCCUGAGGAGGGACGAGGCUCUUAGGGCCCAGGAGGCCGCGGCCCACGCUCCACGGUCUGUUCUGCCGAGCCGGCAAGAUCAGGUUCAGAACUGGAGCAUCUCCGGUGCCCACGGCUCGCCUGUGCCAUCUGCUGCCGCCCGCUGAGUCAGUGUGCCCAGCUAAGGGGCUGGCUUCCUUGUGGCCGCAGGGAAAGGGCAGUGUCCUCUGUGCUGACCGAGACAGGUGGGUCAUGUGGGGACCACCACCUCUAAGCCCAGGCACCUCCCGGGCCUUGGAAAGCUGUCCCCCACCCCACCCCCAGGGCUGACCCGGCCACGCUGCUGGCCCCCACGCUGUUGAGCUCCUUAGCCAAUCAAGGUCUCUAGCCCAGGCCUCCUCUCAGCCUGGGCUGCAGCUGGGCCCCGCCCUCACACUCCACUUUCCCCCGACUGCCCAAGCCCUGAGCUCUGGCCACCAGCACAGGGUCUGUUCAGCUGCCGCACCCGGAGGUGCCUGAUGUCUCCGGGGAGUGCUGCCCGCAUCCUGUGGGCUUCCGUGUUGGCCAGGCCCUGCCACUCCACCCGUGGUCAGGGGUCCAUAGCGGGCACCACGAAUGCCAGGUGGAGUUGGUCCCAGCAUAAGAGGCGGGGCUGCCUGGACACCCCAUGCCCCAGGGACUGUCCUGCUGAGGCCUCACCCACUGCCUCUCCCUGCAGGUGCUGCUGGGCCCCCAGCCCAGCCCUCUGCCUUCUCAUCUCGCAGUGACCAAGGGUCCCAGCAGGCCAUGCAGCUGUGCCAAGGUGCCCCCGGCAUGGCGGCGGCCGAAGUGCCCGGCUACCUGGUGUCCCCCCAGGCGGAGAAGCACCGGCGGGCCCGCAACUGGACGGACGCCGAGAUGCGCGGCCUCAUGCUGGUCUGGGAGGAGUUCUUCGAGGAGCUCAAGCAGACCAAGCGCAACGCCAAGGUCUACGAGAAGAUGGCCAGCAAGCUCUUCGAGAUGACGGGCGAGCGGCGGCUGGGCGAGGAGAUCAAGAUCAAGAUCACCAACAUGACCUUCCAGUACAGGAAAUUAAAAUGCAUGACAGAUAGCGAGUCCGUCCCGCCGGACUGGCCCUAUUACCUAGCCAUUGAUAGGAUCCUGGCCAAGGCCCCCGAGUCCUGUGAUGGCAAGCUGCCCGACGGCCAGCAGCCCGGGCCCUCCACGUCCCAGACCGAGGCGUCCCUGUCGCCGUCCGCUAAGUCCACCCCUCUGUACUGCCCGUAUAACCAGUGCUCCUACGAAGGCCGCUUCGAGGACGAUCGCUGCGACAGCUCCUCCAGCUUACUGUCCCUUAAGUUCAGGGCGGAGGAGCGGCCGGUGAAGAAGCGCAAGGUGCAGAGCUGCCACUUCCGGCGGAAGAAGCUGCGGCUGCUGGAGGCCAUGCUGGAGGAGCAGCGGCGGCUGAGCCGCGCCGUGGAGGAGACGUGCCGCGAGGUGCGCCGCGUGCUGGACCAGCAGAACCUGCUGCAGGUGCAGAGCCUGCAGCUGCAGGAGCGCAUGAUGAGCCUGCUCGAGAAGCUCAUCGCCAAGUCCGGCGUCUAGGGCAGCCGCGGCGACCUCGCCUGGCCUCCGUGGGGCUGCUCGGGGGUCGCCAGCACUAGGCCUGUCCUCUCAGAACAUUCUAGCACGUUCUGGAAUCACCCUCCGUAUAGGUGGUGACACUUGAACUGGCCUUUGAUAUUAAACGUGUGCUUUUUUCAA